UAUAAGAAUGAUACAAUGAAUGAACUUAGUAAAAGAAUCCCUCGUACUAGUUUAAAUUUGUUCAAUGACACAUCCAAGGGAGGUUGUAUUCAACAUAAACUAAUUAAAUUUAUUUUCCAUGUAUAAGAUUAGUGAAGUUGUUCGAUCAUUGACUUCCUAUAAUCUUUCUUCAAUUCCAUUGCAACAAAAUAAACAUUAAGUGGUCCAUUUGUGCAAUACUUGUGAGAUGAUUCAAGGGGAAGCUCUUUGUUUUAGCAACGGAGAUGGUGCCGGAGGCAUGCACCAUGGUCAUCCUAGCAACUUGUACAAUGAUGUGGUAGAGACGAGCUUCAAUGCUGGUACCGAGGGCAUACACCAUACACAGUCGGUUAGGUCAAUUCUUUUUAGCUUAUCAAUCUUGAAGGAGAAGAUCCACAAAGUUGAUUCAUUUGUGAGCAUUUUUCUUACCCAAGAAAACCAAUAUCAUGCUCAUAGUACAAUUAAUCAAUUGACCUCUUCGAUGGCAUUUUCAAGCAUGGCUAAUCUAAUUCAAGAAAUCGUUCAAACCGCCUCAUUGAUGAUGCUCAACUGCGAAAGGAUGGCCCUUGGACCAACACAUGUACAAACAGGUAACACUAACAACAACAUCAAUAAUAGUACUAGUCAUGUACAUGUAGAUCAAGAGCAACAUACAAUGCAAAAGGCUAAUAAUAAUGGACUUGUCCAAUUUAGUGUAGACGAGGUUAUAGUCAAUAGCACUAGUCAAGGAUUUUUGGAUGGAAUUAACUUCAACAAUCACCAAGCAAUCAACAGGAAAACGUACCAAGAGUUAGAUGUGUCGACGGAGGCUUAUGACUUGGUGGAGGUAGAUGCGGCUGAUCUACUAGCAAAGUACACCCACUAUUGUCAAGUAUGUGGUAGGGGGUUCAAACGAGAGGCAAACCUAAGGAUGCACAUGCGAGCUCAUGGGGACAAGUACAAGUCAAGCCUCAUGAGCGACCCCCUUAAGAAAAAGAACAAUGAAGAAAACAACACGACGAAAAAACCUCCCAGGAAAUACUCGUGUCCACAAAAAGGAUGUAGGUGGAACAAGAACCAUGUCAAGUUUCAACCUCUAAAGUCGAUGGUGUGUGUACGAAAUCACUACAAGAGAAGCCAUUGUCCCAAGAUGUUUGUGUGUAAUAGGUGUAAUACUAAGGAAUUCUCGGUCCUUUCGGAUUUUAAGACGCAUGAGAAGCAUUGUGGAGAUGUCAAAUGGUAUUGUUCUUGUGGAACUAGUUUCUCUAAGAAAGAUAAGCUCAUGAAUCAUGUUGCUUUGUUUGUUGGUCAUACGCCUUUGAUUUACCCAUUGGUUAUGCUUUCGGAUAGUAGGUAAUGAAAUUGUUUUAAACCCUUUGUUUCUUUGUCUUCUAUCUUUUUCAUGAAUGUGAAACCAAUUGCUUCUAUUCCCCCCUAACAAGUGGACUGUUUUAUACUAGCUAAUCAAGGUUAUCUUUUUAUUUUUUUUCUCUCUUGGCAAGGGGUUUUUUCUAUUAAACAAUUUUAGUUUUAGUUUGGUUCCAUUAGAAUUUGAUACAGGUUUUUGGUAUAUAUGUUACAAAUCUUAACAACGAUGUAGCCCAUUAAGCGUAGAGUUAGCUAGUAUCAUCUCAUGUAAAGAUGGCACCAAUCAAGCAAGGUCGUCCCAUGCCAUUGCACGUUCUAGCAUGAAAAAUGUGUGCCAUACCACAAACACGAGAUAUGCAUGGCAUGACAUUAAUUGUAUUGUGUGUAUAUGGUUGUAUGCCAAGACAAGUCUAAACUACAAAUAUUUUAGAAAAGCAAGAAACAACCUGAUCCAGCCCGACAUGACUAAAAAUGGUAAAAUAAAUUACAUUUGUCAUACAUAUCCAAGCACGACACAUUACGUUGACAGCUGGCGUGCCCGAGUUGCAAUUUUGAAAAUUAGACACAACACGUGGAGAGUAUGAUCGAUUUUGGCCAAGCCUAGCCAAGCCCAUGGACACAUCCUAGCAUGGGCCAAAACCAUCUUUACUCUCGUUAUCAUGAUAUCUUCAUCUUUACUCUCAUUAUCAGGGUAUAUUUUUAAAUUCUGGGAUUUUUUAAAAAAAAAGAAUAAAAAAAAUUUUAUUUUAACUUUUAUGGAGAUUGAUAGAAAGACAAAGCGAAUGAGAAUUUCACUCGAUCUUACUUUAUUUAAAUAUUUUGUGUAAUUUGUUUAACUAACACUCCUACUACCUCAAUAAUAUACACGUAUAUACUCCCUCCGUUUUUAAAUACUUGCUCCAUUUCUCAAUACGCGGACUUUUAAGAGAAAUUGGCGAAAGUAAUAAAAUAUGAAGGUGGUGGGGUAGUUGAGAAAAU